AUUUUGUUGCGAGGUUCUGAGCGUUCUCUGUGUUUAACCUUGACUUCAGUCAUGUCUGGUCGUGGCAAGCAAGGAGGCAAGGCCCGCGCCAAGGCCAAGUCGCGCUCCUCCCGCGCUGGCCUCCAGUUCCCGGUAGGGCGAGUGCACCGCUUGCUGCGCAAAGGCAACUACGCGGAGCGGGUGGGGGCCGGCGCGCCCGUCUACAUGGCGGCGGUCCUCGAGUACCUGACCGCCGAGAUCCUGGAGCUGGCGGGUAACGCGGCUCGGGACAACAAGAAGACGCGCAUCAUCCCUCGUCACCUCCAGCUGGCCAUUCGCAACGACGAGGAACUGAACAAGCUGCUGGGCAAAGUCACCAUCGCCCAGGGCGGCGUCUUGCCUAACAUCCAGGCCGUUCUGUUACCAAAGAAAACCGAAAGCCACAAAGCCAAAAGCAAAUAAAUGCAGACAAA